AUGGCGUCGUUGCUUUUCAAACCUACUUUACUCUUCAAGCUAACUUCCACGUUUUUUUCUUUGUACGAGCAGAUUGAGACGCUCGUAUCGGACGGCAGGGAGGUGAUUCUGGUGACAAGUGGCGCGAUCGGAGUGGGCCGGCACAAGCUGCGCUUCCAGCGCUUCAUGCGCACGAGCUUCAAGGACCUGCAGCGCCCGCAGGGGGACGACAUUGACGGCAAGCCGUGCGCGGGCAUCGGGCAGGGCCAGCUCAUGGCUCUCUACGAGUCCUUGUUUAACCAAGUGGACGUUGGGUGUGCCCAGUUGCUGGUGACGGAGCGUGACUUCACGGACUUGCAGUUCCGCAACCAGCUGCGCAGCACCGUCUCCUCCCUGCUGGACCACCGCGUGGUGCCGGUUUUCAAUGAGAACGAUGCCAUUUCCACCCGCGUUGCCCCCUACAAGGACGCCACAGGUAUCUUCUGGGACAAUGACUCCCUGGCGGCUCUCCUCUCGCUAGAGCUCCAGGCAGACGCGUGUGUGCUGCUGUCAGAUAUCGAGGGGCUCUACACCAAGCCGCCCUGGGACCCUGACUCGGAGCUCAUCCACACCUACGUGCCGAGCGUGCAUGGAGAUUCCAUCAAGUUCGGCCAGAAGAGUCGGCUGGGUCGCGGCGGCAUGACAGCCAAGGUGGAAGCAGCAAUCCACGCAUCUGGAGGCGGUGUGCCCACAGUCAUAGCCAGUGGCCUGUCAAGCGAUGCGGUGCUGCGGGUGCUUUCAGGGGAGAUGGUCGGCACGCUCUUUCACAAGGACGCUCACCUGUGGGCCGUGUCUAAGUCUGUCAAGAGCGCUGGCAGGGACAUGGCUGUUGCUGCCAGGGAUGCCAGCCGGAAGCUGCAGGCUCUGAGCACGGAGCAGCGCAAGCAGGUGUUGCUAGACGUGGCGGAUGCUCUGGUGAAGAGAGAGGCGGAGAUUGUGGAGCAGAACGCCCACGACGUACGGACGUCUGAGAUCAACGGCGUUGCACCGGCGCUGCUGCAGCGGCUGAAGCUGAAACCGAAUAGGAUUCAACAGCUAGCAGAGGGCAUUCGGGCGAUUGCUGAGAUGCCUGAUCCGAUAGCAGAGACGCUGGCUCGCACAGAGCUUGCAGAGGGGCUGAACCUGGAGAAGCAGAGGUGGCCACUGGGAGUGCUGCUGGUGAUCUUUGAAGCUCGCCCUGACGCCAUGCCGCAGAUUGCAGCGCUGGCGAUUCGCAGCGGCAACGGGCUGCUGCUCAAGGGAGGCAAGGAGGCACUCAACUCCAACCGCAUCAUCCACGAGGUGAUCGCCUCAGCACUCCCCCCAGAAGUCGGCCCCUCACUCAUAGGCCUCGUCACUUCACGCGACGACAUCUCGGAUCUGCUGAAGCUGGACGACGUGAUCGACCUGGUGAUUCCGCGCGGCAGCAACGCGCUGGUGAAUCAUAUCAAAUCGCACACCAAGAUUGCGGUGCUGGGCCAUGCGGAUGGCGUGUGCCACGUGUACGUGGACAAGGCAGCCAACCUCAAGAUGGCCAAACGGAUCAUAUUGGAUGCCAAGAUGGACUAUCCCGCUGCCUGCAACGCCAUGGAAACCCUGCUACUCCACGAGGAGCUGGUGAAGUCGGGAGCUGCAGCGGAGCUCAUUCAAGAGCUCAAAGACAAUGGCAUAGUCCUUCAUGCGGGCACGACUGCAGCGCCUGCCUUCUCCCUGCCUCUGGCAGCGAAUCUGCACCACGAGUACGGGUCGCUGGAAUGUACGGUGGAGAUCGUGCCGGAUAUUGACGCGGCCAUCCACCACAUCCACACGCACGGCAGCGCGCACACCGACGCCAUCGUCACCGAGGACCAGGAAGCCGCAAAGAAGUUUCUGGCGUCGGUGGACAGUGCGGUCGUGGUGCACAACGCCAGCACUCGCUUCUCCGACGGCUUCCGCUUCGGGCUCGGCGCCGAGGUGGGCAUCAGCACGAGCCGCAUCCAUGCGAGAGGGCCUGUCGGGGUGGAGGGGCUCCUCACAACGCGCUGGUUGCUGAGAGGUGACGGGCAUCUAGUCAACAAGGAUAAGGAUAUCGUCUACACCCAUAAAGCACUCCCUAUAAUUGAGACCUUAUCCGGCGCCUCCCUGAGUGCCGAUCGCGUGCCUCUGCCACGUGUCACAACGCGAGGGAUUUACGGCAAGGCCAGGCUGGCAGUGAUGGCUCAGGCUAAGAUCGCAGCAGCGGCAGCGGCAGCGGCGGCCACGGAACCUCUGAGUGCGGGCUCGCCCCCUCCUGCUCUCUUUGACGGCACCACGCGCCUAUACCACUACAAGGCGUGUCCCUUUGCUCAACGGGCAGUGAUUGCCGUCAACUACAAGGGUCUUGAUUUUAUCGAGCGAGUGGAGAUCAGUCUUCGCAGCAAACCUGAAUGGUACACGGAGAACGUGUAUCCGCCAGGCAAAGUGCCUGCCAUGGAGCACGCAGGGAAGGUGGUGGGGGAGAGCUUGGAUCUGCUUCUGCUGAUUGACGAGUGGUUCGGCGACAAGGGACCGAGGAUUGUGCCUGAGGACCCUGCCCUGGCAGCAGAGGCAUCAGCGCUUGUAGCAGCGUGUGGUGACGUGAUGAUGGCUGGAUACACGGCUCUCUCGCAGCUCUAUCAGACAGGCGGCGAGGCGGAAGUGGAGGCUGCAAUGGGAUCGCAUCUAGACUCCUUAGAGGCGAGUCUGGGCAAGCACCAGGAGAAUGGGCCCUUCUUUCUAGGAAGCUUCUCAUACGUGGACAUUGCCUAUCUGCCCUUCCUGGAGCGAUUCAAUAUCGCGUUCGAGCACUUCUGCCACACAGACAUCACCAAGGGCCGCCCCAACCUGCAGCGCUGGUUUGAGGCAGCAGCGGCCAUCCAGGCAUACACAGACACAUGCAUGGAGCGAGAGGCCACCAUCACUACCUAUCAACAGAUGCUGGAUAACAAGUACUUUGAGAGAGCAGGGGUGGCAAGCUCAACAACUGCCGCACCAGCUGCAGCUGCUGAGACAUAG